UUCUCUCUCCUCCUCCUCCAUUAUAUAUAUAAUCCUUUUAUAAAUAACAAAUUAAAAUCCCAAACAACAAAAACAAGCAUUAUUUAAAACCAAGAUUACAUACAAUUCUCCAACAACAAAACAAAAAAGAAUGGUGGGAAACAAGAAAAUGAGUUUGAUGAGGCUAAAGAGGUUUGUAGUGAAGCUAAGGUGGUGCAUGAAACUGUUACAACCCAUUCGAACCAUCCCAAACAAUGAAGAGUUGGUACAAAUUCUAGGGAAGAAGCCGGCAUUGGUUCCUAAAGGCCAUUUCGCGGUGUUGGCUGUAGGGAACGGCGACGAUGAGGUUAAAAGGUUUGUGGUUGAAUUGAGGUUUUUAAGAAACCCUGCUCUUUUGAACUUGCUUAAGGAGGCUGCUGAAGAGUAUGGUUUUCAACAUGAUGGUGCAUUGGUUGUACCUUGUAAGCCCCAAGAGUUGGAAAAAAUAUUGCAGGAUAAUUCUUAAGACAUUAUCAAAGAUAAUUGUUAUUAUAUUCUUCAUUUGUUUGUGUUUAAAUUAGCUAGCUAGCUAGCUUAAUUAGGGUUUUUCGAAUCAUAUACACUAACUUAAUUAGGCUUCUUUUGGAUCAACCACUGUAAAACAUAUGCAUUAAUUAUUCUUUCCUUUUUGUUUUUGUUUUUGUUUUUUAUAUUCUUUGUAUUCUUUCUAGGUGAGAUUAUCUCAAGCAUGAAGCAUUACAUUUUAGAAUUGCACACUGCUAUUUCGAGAUUAAAUACACACAUAUGUUUGUCAUGGAUUCAAAUUUUAUCUAUUACUAUUCCUUAAUGUUUUACUCG